AGCCGUGGUAUGAAAUAUUCGAAUUUGUUACGGCCAGAAGUCAUGUUAUGAAUCGUCCAAAUAAGUUAGUAACUUAAUAUAGCUUUCAUAUGAACUGAUAUCCGGAUUACUCUUCUAGGGCCCCUACAAGCUUUACUGUUUGCUUAAUUUAGCGGAAACUUGGUACGUAGAGCGCACAUAUGUCAUUCAACAUAAAUCAUUUGUGGAAAAAAUUAACAGAAUCCAUGUUCAUUGGGGUCCCAAGAUUCGCCCCAGACAAACUUAGCAUGAUUUUACUAGUUUACUCUUAAAUACGUUUCAUUUAAGCCCCAUAGUGUCGUGAUUGGUCUAUAUAUCCAUUUGGCGAACCUUGGGCACGUCAUCCGAACAAUGGAAAAGUGUUUUCGACUGCCUGACCAUAAUACGGUCCUGCAGGCGGAGAUCCGGGCGAUCACUGAAUGCGUGAGAUGGUGUGGUGCUAACGCGGGGACGUCGAGCGAGUCAAAUUCUUUACGGACAGAAAACUGGCAAGUGACAGCAUGCGUGGGCAUGUGAUUGUAAGACGUUGGAGCAUUUCCUUUGUCAUUGCCCGGCUUUCGCGGCUAACAGACACUUGGGAACACAAUACCAACUUAAGUAACAUCAAAUCGUCAACAAAUCAAUUUCCUGAAAAUUGCUCCCAAAGAGAAAAAUGUAAGACACAGCCUAUUAACACACGAAAUUCACAUUUAAGGAAGUGCUGCCCAAUUGGAGAAAGUUUGAGCAUAGCGCAUGACGACCAAAACAGAGCGAUGUGUGUCUCAACUAGUAGAAAUGUAAACAUAAAAGUUAUAAAUGUAACUUUGUAUGACAAUUGCAUCGAAGACAUGGAAUCCGAAUUAAGCCUGCCUUUGGAAAUAGGAAAUCCUUGUAACACAUCUUUCCUAUAUAACGAUGAAGAAGAUUUAUUCUUAGUUGUACAAGAUGGUUCCUUGCUUGUCAUGGAUCCUUAUGCAAACGACACAUAUUCUGUGGAAAAAAAAUACUGUAUUGACGUAGAAAAUUCAUCCGGAACAACCUAUGCAAUUGUGUGUAUUACAGCUGUGGAGGAUCAUAUUAAUCGCAGCCAAAUCGUCAUCGUAGCGAUUUUGAUGUUGAUAUCAAUACCAUGCCUUGUUUUGGUGUCUUAUGUACAUUUUCGAAUAAAAGAGUUGAAGUCAGUGCACGGAAUGACUCUUAGCAUUAUGUCUGGAUGUCUAGCUACUGGAUAUUUUCUAUACUCGCUCGUCCAUAUAUUUAAAUUAGACGAGAGAGGUUUUGGAUACGCCGUUCAAUUUUUCAUACUCUCGUAUUAUUUUUGGUUUUUUUGUCUCUGCUGUAAUACAUCAUUUAAUGUGUGGAUACACAUUUCCCUUAAUAAACCGAAAACGCAAUUAAUAACAUAUUUAUAUAUGGGAAGCUAUUGCUCAGUGUCUUUUAUUGGAUCCUCAAUUUUAGUUAUAUUGACAUAUCAGAAGGGUUUACCUGGCAUGCCAUCAUAUUUCAUACAGGGAUACACAGAAUCAAUUCGGGAGUCUCAAAGAUACUUUAUUCCCCCAGUGUCUACAUUGUUGUUACUAAGUUUUUUUGUGAUGGCUGGAUCAUUUUUUGGAUUUCAAAAACUUAAACGUCGAGGUAUUCCCCUGGCAUCAAAACAAGAUGUGGAUAUCAGUCCACUAUGUAACAUCACGGUUUAUGAAGAAGUAAAAAAAGAUGCCAAAUGCAUAAGCCUAUUGGGACUCAUUUUGAUUUCAACUUGGCUGCUGGAAAUUGUCACAUUCUAUUCUCCCGGACCACAAAUUUAUUUGAUAUUAAUGGACAUGGUUAAUGGAGUCCAGGGUGUGUUUGUGCUGCUAAUAUUUUUAAUUAUACGACGAAGGCGAAGAAUUAUAUUUAGAUGGUGGAGUGAUCGUGGGUCACUAGUACUUGAAAAAUUAGAAUUAGAAGCGUUCAAUUAGUUACAAAACCAUUAAAAAUUAAUAAAUUAUUAUAAUUAUUAUCAUAAGUUGAAACUAAGUUCGUUUAUAAUGAAAAUAUUUAACAAAACAUGGCUUCAUUUAUUGUAAUAAUUCAGUGCAGUCAACUUUAAACUUAGACUUUGAAAGCUUUCUCUACACAACAUCAGAAUCUGUAGAUUUAUUUGGUCAAAUUAUGUGUGUUUUAAAAUAAAAAAAAAUUCAAUAGCAACAAAAAUUGUUUCUAAACAAUGAACGAA